AUUAGUUAAUAAAGAAGAUAAAUUAGUUUCGAUAGAAAAUGGUGAAACUCUCAUUGCGCCAGUUGUUGAGUUGGGCAAACGACGUCCUCCAAGCCAACUUCUCGUCCCUGGACGAGUUCAAUACAGGAUCGGCUUAUCUUCAAAUCAUCCAUCGCCUGUUUCCACAAUCUGUCUCUUUACGACAAAUAAAGUUCUACACCAACUAUCAAUUCGAGAUGGAGUCGAACUACAAUCUAUUGAAGAAGGCAUUCAAGACGCUGAAUAUAAAUUACCCGCUUGAGAUAAAGGACCUCCAACAAGGAAGGCACUACGAGACCUUGAAUUGGCUCCACACAUUCUAUCUUAAACACGAUACCGGGGCUCCCUACGAUGCGCUUGCGAUGCGUCAGAAUCAGAAGAUUGGCCUCCGUCGUGGACAUCCAACAUCGCAAAGGAAGCACAGAUGCCUAAGCGACUCGAUUCAGAGUCUUACGAGCGCUAGAUCGACUGCAAGUCAGUCCUCUAGCCUCUCGACAAAGUCAGCCAUCGUGCAGAGAAAAGACGCUUUCAAACGCAAUAUAAAUCCAGAAGAGUAUUGCAUAGAGAGUCUUGCCAUAUCUCUCCCAAGCGAAGACUCUGCCGAUGAUGAGGCUCCCGAAACGAAUGUGCUCUCAGAGCUGGAAGCGUUAAAGGCGUCUGAGGCUGAACUUACUGAAAUACUGAAGAAGGUGAAAUAUUACCUUAAUCUGAAGGAGUGGGCAGAGACUCCCCAGAAAACUCUGACGGCCAUUCGCAAGCUGGUGUGUCGCGACGAGAAUGUCAAGCUCGAGGGAGAGGGGGAGGGCGACGGCCCAAAAGUUGCCGAAAAAAAGCAAUCCAAGCUGGAUGCAGGCAGUCAGUAGACCGUUAAAUAUAACAUUUUCGCCCCAAGGUCUUACGGAGCCAUCAUCUGUAUUGCGUUUUGUUUUUGUGUUUUUGAGUUCAAUGCCCCACACUUCGACUGCAUCUCAAAUUGGAAGUUCGUGAAAAAAGGUGCCUUAGCGGACUUAAUCUCCAGCAAUAGAAGGACAGGAAAAGAAUGUGAAGACGUCAAGGCGAUCCUUUCAAAAGCAAAUUGCACCCGUGUAAACAACGCCAUAUCCGGAGAAGGCACAGAAGGAAAAGAAAAUUCAUUUCUUUCAGAGCUAAGAUCAACUGACGGACAAUUGAAACUGAAUGAACAACUUCGUUAAGGAUGUCAUCUUUUUGCAUAUUUUCAACUGCUGAACAUUUCCAAUAGCCCGAAACACUGCAAUAGUCCGGAAACCCUCAAUAGACCGGCUGCCCAAUCUAGUCCCCCAUCCACAAUGUGAACACGAACAAGUUAUUUUUUAAUAGUUACGAAUGUUUUAUCUGUUAAAAGGUGAGAAGAAAUCGCCAAAUAUCUUCAGACCCUUUGGUGCUAGAUCACGCCUAGAGUGUCUCCCAGACCAUAACUUUGAUUUCUAGCGCUGCUCAAAUAGCACAAAAAAACAAUAUUGUAACAGCUCGCAGCCUUCAAGAAUGCAACAAGGCAACAGCAAAUAUUGGGCAUAAAAGGCAUAUUGUUUCGUUAAUAGUUACUUACGAUUGUUUAUCCUAUAAAAGGAUGUUUGGAUCCCCGUCCAGACUAGUCGAGAUCGCAGUUAAUGUGUGUUCUAACACGCAAGCCUCCAAAGGCUGGAAGAAGUUCAAUAGCCAGGAAACAACAAUAGCCCGAGUAAUUGCAAUAGCCCACAAAUUUUGGAUGAAUUCAGAUACAUGGAUAUAUUGCGACAAACCCACCUACACACCAACAAAUGCAAACAAAUUCAAAAUUGUAAUGUUAUUUAGUGCACACAGAAAUCCAAAUCUCUCAAUCAAAUGUACAAAUAAUUCAGUCAAUAGUUCAGAAAGAAAGAAGAAUUUAAAUUUAAAACGACUCAAGUGCACUUAUUUAUGGGUUUUUAAACAAAAGUUGGAAAAGACU